AUGGGCAUCGAAGAGCAGAAAGAGGAGCGCGAGGUCCUCGACUCGAUCUUCCCAGAUGAAAUCACAGACACUUCGGACAAUGCGUACCGGAUAAGCAUCACGCUCGACAUCCCCGACGGCGGACACGACGACGACGACGACGACAAGAACGGCGGGCCCCCCGUCCUCUGGCUCAAUGUCACGUACCCGGACGCCUACCCUGACGUCGGUCCGCACCUGGACAUCAGCGCCCCGCCCAACGCGCCGAGACACCCACAUUUGGACGUCGGCGAGGACAAGGCGCGACUCCUCGACGCGCUCGGACCGACGAUCGAAGAUAACCUCGGCAUGGCCAUGGUGUUUACCUUGGUCACGACGCUGAAAGAGGCGGCCGAAGUGUUGAUCUCCGACCGGAUACGGCAGGCCGAGGAGGCGCGCGAGGUCUUGGUCCGGGAGAAGGAGGAGGAAGAGAAUCGCAAGUUCCACGGGACACUGGUGAACAGGGAGCGGUUUUUGGAGUGGCGCGAGAGGUUCCGCCGGGAGAUGGAAGAGAAGGAACGCAAAGCGAGGGAGGAGGAAGAGGCCGAGGAGAAGAAAAAACGAGGAGGCGGCAAGGCCGAGGAGAAGAGGCUGACGGGGAAGCAGCUGUGGGAGAGAGGAUUGGCUGGCAAGGGUGACGAGGAGGAUAUCGACGGCGAGGACGCCGUCGCGGCCGUGGAAAAGCUCAAAGUCGACGGUUAG